AUGAGACAACAGUCAGAGCUUGACAAAAUUGACUUAGAUGAUAUCAGCCCUGAACUUUGUAAAAAAGAAAUUCUUAAAAAUGUUCAUCCAGACAAACUCGAAUUCUUUAGAUACAAUGACCGUAUUACACCUCUUCUUCCGGUCUAUCCACAUCAUGGUAUAAAGAAAGGCUUCCACACCAACAGUGGUCUUUGGUACCUUAUACGCUAUGAAGCUGAAACGAAAUGGGAAACCUUGAGUUCAGGCAACUCCCAAUAUAAAAAGGAAAGCGAAGAGGAAGUGAUCAAGAAUGAGUUUGCACUCAAUAAAAUAGUAGCAAAAAUUAAACCUCCAGAAGGCAGUGAUGAACGUGAAAUAAGUCUUUCUAUUCAGGUUAAAGGCGAAGUUCUCAAGAAGUUUUUGCAUAAGGACGGAUCUUCCAUAGGCGAUGUUCGUAAAUUUAAAAUAGCUUCAAAACUUAAACCUGAAAUUAAUGCAUAUGAAUUCAAAUUACUUAUUGAUGAGCUUAAGAAAAAGAAACGUACUUUCAAACAUGUUGUCCGAAAUGAAUCAACCUGCCGAGAGUUCAUUUCUGCUUUCAUGAUACAAUGUGUCCAAUCAAUAGAAGAAAGUCUUCAACUUAAAGCUGAAGAGUGGCUUGAUGGAUCCUGUGGCUUUGGCCCCACUGACUAUGCUGUCUAUUUGGAAAGUGAUGAUAUAGUUAUGUUGGUUUCAGAAGUUAAGAAAGAAGAUUUUGAGAAAGGAGCUGCCCAGAACAUUGUGCAAUUACACAGUGCUGUAGAGCAUAAUAUAGAUGAAAUAGAUAAUAUAGAUGAUGUUCCGGUUCUUAUGUAUGGAAUUGUGACAAAUGCAUUACAAUGGUAUUUUAUUCGAUGGGCUGGCUCUCCAGCGGAUCCAAUAGUGGAAGUAUCUGGUCCACAUCAAUGUGAAUUUGAUAGUAAAGAUAUGGAACAAGCAAAUCAAAUUGCUGGUUAUAUUGCUUCUAUUCUCCAACAAGUUCACGGUUUUAAAAAUGACAAUACACGUCCUCAAAUUAACAAGAGACGCCGCAUAUGA